AUGGUUUUUCCUACUAAAGAUAAUUCUAACUCAAAUGUUGGACCGGUUCCUUCUAUUCUCCCACCAGGUCGUAUACCUUCAAACGGAUCUAUAUAUGCCGUUUUGGAUUUUUUCAGUAUAUCUCUACCAAGAGUAACUUUAUAUUCUUUCGCCUACAUGUUGAUCGUUGUGGCAAUCUGUGUGCUCGCCUUGGCUUUUGUACAUAAGCAUGUGGCCAAGCCUAGUUGGAGACCUAGUUCCCAACAACUGAGCGAAAAAGUUAGAUUGUACAUGGCUCGAUCCAUGAUCGGCGAUGCAACUCGUAAGAUGUUCAAUGGAUGGUCAAGAUCGCGCCAGGAUAAUUCAACAAUUUCUAAUAGGGAUGAAAAGAGUAGACGUUUAUCGCCUGAUACAUCAUCUUCGUCCUCCACAUCCUUGUCGCCUUCUGUAUUACCAACGCACACCGCAUCCCCUAGAUUAUAUAAAAAGACAUCAAAUUCUCGACUGGCAUCUCAACGACGUUCAAAUUCACGCCCAAAAUCUCAGCCACAAAUUUCAUCCAUUUCAACAAUAGACGAUAAUUCGUCUGAUAAUUCGUCAAAUAAUUCUUCAAAUGAUCAACUGCUCGAACAACCUUCAACAAGUACCGAACUUGAUGAAUCAAAAAUAACAGUAACAAUUAAUGUUGCAGAUGCAUUAAAUUCUCAGGUCGAACAGACCGUCAAUGUGAAUUCUCAUUCUCAAGAAAGCAAUUGUAAGAUAGAAAAUAACCAUUUAGAUGCGAACCUUGAGAAUGUCUCUUCGACGACGAAUAAUAAACAGAAUCAUCCUGAGCAAGUACUUACUUCAGAUCAUAUUGAUUCUUGGAAUAAUUCUUGUCAAAAUUCUAUCUCAAAUCAAGAUGAAAAGGAUAGGCGAGUAGCCCUGGAUAUUAUGGCACCAUCUCUCUCAUUACCUCCUCAGAAUUUAUCUCCUAUAUUACGUAAAAAGAAUUCAAAAUCUCUAUUAAAAGGAAAGCGAAGACAAAAUUCUCGUCAGAACGAUCAGAAUGGAUGUGAGGAUCAGUCAAGGCAUAAUAUAAUUGAUCUAAAUUCAUCGGAAACCCAAAUUAUACAAAAAGAUAAUCAAGAAUCGAGUCAAAACGAAACAUCCGUAAAAUCGGGGCAUAAAAGACGACGGAAAAGGGCCAAGAAUUCUAAGAAUAAUAAUCAACAGACUUUAAGACGAGAUCAACGCAUUGAACAAAAAUCAUCAAAGCAAGAUUCCGUUACAGAUCAAGAACUUACACAACAUAAUGUUAAUAGGUUAUCAAAAUCAAUUUCUUCCAAUUCUUCCGAUGACACAAUUGGUUCAAUAUCUUAUCCACUUUGGCAGAAAUCAUUACGUGAUCAACAAGCAAAAGCAACGUUAUCUGAAGUGAAUGAUAAAAAUGCUAAUAUGUUUCAACGAUCCGAUUCUCCAUGGAAACAUAAUGGAUUGUCCUCAUCUUCUCACAUAGAAACCGAUAUUCAAUCUAUCAAUCAACCGAUCGUUUCCGUGAAUAAAUUUACCUCAUAUGCAGAUAUUAUACUUCCUACUGAAAAUAAAAUUGCAACUCCUGCACCUACCGCUUCAGUGAGGAAAUCUACUAAUCAUCAAUGGUAUUCUCCUUUCGGUUCUGGUCUUUCAAUUCAACUCAAUACACCUUCAUUACCUCGGGAUAAUUAUAAUCAAUUAGAAUCCUCAACCAAUUCGAUAUCUUUAUUUUCUUCUGAUUCUUCGCCAGUAAUGCCCGAACGUAGUCGAUCUACAAUCGUACCACCUUCUCCAAUAUCGGUUCCAAAUAAUCGUCAUUCAUCAACGUCGUCGAUGUUUUCAUCAUCAUCACCUUUUUCCAAUUUAUCCCAAUCCUCCAUGUCAAAUAAAAAUCCUUCAAAUUCCACAUGCAUUUCGCCGACAGCUUCCUCGUUAAGGGGAUCCUUUUUCGGAAGAAAACAUCCAGUUUCGGAUAAAGAGAAAGGAGAAUUAGAUGGUAUUAAUAGGGAAAAACUGAAUGAAAAUAAAAGCCAAGCUACAACGUGGUACGAGUCACGAAGAUCUCAACAGCCACAAUUUUCUUUGUUUGAUAAACGGUUGUCCUUCAUGUAUCCUCCAAAAUCUUAG